AUGGCCUCUGGAUUCAGCUUCAAGGGCGGUAGGCCGCGCUGCUUUGCGUUCUGGCAGGAGUUCCAAAAGUGCUACGUGCAGGCGGAUACGCCGUCGGACUGCAUCGGCGCCAAGGAGGACUACCUCGAGUGUCUGCACCAUACCAAGGAGAUCGCGCGCGCAAAGGAGAUCAAGGAUACCUGGAUCGCACGCCAGGCAAAGGACGCACACGCCGCACGCGAAAAGGGCGAGGUCCGUGCCACCUCCUCCAUCAUGGACCUCGGCCUCAUAAACGACACCAAGAACGACAAGAACGACGCGGCCUCCUCGGGCUCCGAAUCGUCCUAG